AUGUUUGAAAAUUGGCGACUAUUUCUAUUAUUGCUAUUAACUGCAAUCAGUUUUGUGAUUGUUUCACAAAAUCGCAAAAGAAUAAUAGGAGAAAACGAAUCUUUUUUGGGAAAUAUUAUUGAAAAUUGCGGAGAGCGAAAUUCGGAUGAUUACUUUUUGGCUGUUGAACCAAAUGAAAAUAUAAUGAAUGUAGCAUCAAAUCAAAGUUAUAAAGAGGAUUAUUAUGAUUCGUGAGUUUUGAGAAUUUGGGCUAAAAAAAGCCAACACUUAUAUUAUAAAAAAGUUUAAAUUUGUCAAAGAUUCAAUUUUCAGGAAAAAAUGUAAAAUUCAAGAUUGGAACAAAAAUGAAACUAAUACAAUUCCAAAUCGUGAUUAUUUUGAUUCACUAAUCAAAUCUAAUGUUCGGAAUCAAAACAUAUUGCUAAACAAAACUCCAAGUCCAUUUUCAGCCUAUGUUUAUUCUGAUCAUAUUGUUGUAACUCUAACAUCGGAAAGAAAUUUUAGGUGAGUUUUGAAAUUGUUUGGAUCAAAUAAAAAUAUUCGAGCUUUCAAAAAUAUUCAGUGAUGUUGUUUUUUGUCGAUAUUAUGAUUGUAAAAUGCGAGAACUAACUGGGAAAUAUUUCGAAUCUCGACACUUUCCACAAUCUACUGUUUUUUGUGGCCGUCGAAUAGGAGCUGAAUAUAUUUCGAUAACUGAAAAAUUGGAAGAUGAAGCUGAAUUUCCUAUUAGAAUUAUUAGAAGAGAUGAGAAAAGUGAGUUGGAAUCAGAGAUUUUUGAGAUUUUGUGGUUAAGGUGAUCCUAUUUAACCAUUCCAGCCUUUUCAAAAAUUUAGAUAAAAAAAGGAAAUGUUUUUUCUUUUUAUUUUCAAAUCAUAAAUCAUAAAAACAUUGUUUUUUCAAUUAUCUGAGGAGAAUCUAAGAAUGGUAAAAAUCCAAUUGUCCUUGAAAUGAGUUCAAAAAUAAUGGGGAGUUUCCGGAAAAAUAAAUUUUCUAUGAUCCGAUUAAGAUUUUGAAAAAAUAUAUAAAGAAUAACUAAAAAUGCAUUGUUUUUCAGAACCUGCCCAUUAUUUCACAGUUUGUUUAGCUCCAAUUUACGGAGAAGAACCCAAAUUUUUGCAAAUCGUUGAUUUCAUCGAAUAUUAUAAACUGCAAGGCGCAACAUUUUUCCACAUUUAUGUGACAAAUGUGUCAAAUUAUGAUCGAGUUUUACUUGAUGAUUAUGUUCGAACAGGCGAAGUUGAAAUUAUCCAAAUUCAUGAUCAUUAUUGGAGAGCUGAUUUUAUGUGGCAUAGAGUUCAGAUUAAUGUGAGUAAAACCUAUUUCAAAAAUUAAGAAGAACUUUUGGAGUAGUAAACAUCCGGAGAUUUUUUCAAAAAUCCUAACAUUGUUGUUUAAAAAAAUGUCGAAAAAAAAGAAUUUGUACAAAUUAUUUCUGAAAAAUUUACUGUUUUUCAUGAAUUUCAGAAGCCUUUGGCAUUGAAUCUGCGAAGUUAUAAUAACUUUGAGAAAAAAUAAAAUUAAUUUCAGGAUUGUCAUUUCCGCAAUAAAUAUUUUUCAAAAUGGACAGCAUUUUUGGACAUCGAUGAGAGAAUUGAAAUGAAAAAAUACCCCGAACUUCGAAUUGUGGAUCUUCUUGAGUUAGUUGAAAUAUGUAAUGGCGUGAUUGGCGUGAAAAAAGAUUUUAUAAUAAAAAAUCCUUGCAUAAAUUUUAGGCCAAUUUUUAAAAAUGAUAUUUUUCAGUGAAACCACUCCAAAUGUGUCAACCCUUCGUUUUUCGGUCGAUUGGGUUGUAAAAGAUCAACUUUCUCCCAAAAAAUAUCAAAACGAUGAACAAUUGAAAGAAAAUAUGAUAUUCCGGAAAUUCACAAAUACCUCAACAAAAACCGACACUUUUAAACAACCAAAAUGUAUAAUUCGACCCGAAAGAAUAACAAUAAUGGGAAUUCAUUAUCCUCUAGCAGUUUAUGACAAUUCAAAAGUAUCAAUUGUUAAUUAUCGAAUUGCGGCUAUUCGACAUUAUCGAAAUGUAUUUCAUAAAUUAUUUCCGCGACAAGUUGAAAGAAUGAUGGAAUAUGGUCCAUGGAAGAAUACUACUGUAGCACCGUGGAUUGCGGGAAAUUUGACAACAAAUAUUUUGAGACGGGUUAAAUAUUUGUAUGAUAUUGAAAUACCUUCGGAUGUUAUCAAACAGGAAAAUUAUGCCAAAGAAGAAAGUCAAAUGGAUUUAGAGAAAAUUGAAGUUUAA